AGCUCAGCUCUGAAAGCGUAGCCCGAAGGCUCGGCCGAGUUCCCCGAGUUCCCCAGCCUGACUGACCUUCAGCUCCGCUCCCGAGCCUUUUCUCCUGUUUCUGCCCUGUUCUUACCGGAGUUUUACCGCUGCGCUGUGGAGGAGCGGCGGGGGAUGAGGACUAAGCGCUGAGGGAGAGUUUCUGUGGUGUUUUAUCUGUUUUUGGGAGUAUUUUAUUCAUUUUUCUGAGUAGUUCUGUAUCUGUAGUUUGGCUGUUGGAGCCCGGGAAGGACCUCAGCAUGUCUCGAGACCCUGAAGAAGUCAAUAAGCUGACGGAAAGUACAUACAAGAAUGUUAUGGAACAGUUUAACCCGGGGCUGAGGAAUCUCAUCAACCUCGGAAAGAGCUAUGAGAAAGCUGUUAUGGCUAUGACUCUGGCUGGAAAGAUGUACUUUGAUGCCGUGUCAAAGAUGGGGGAGAAUGCUGCUGUAUCUCCAGUAUCUAGAGAACUGGGGGUGGUGCUGAUGGAAAUCUCGGAAGUUCACAGGAAAGUUCAUCUAGAGCUGGAGGAGAAUUUUAGACGCUUCCAUCGAGAGAUUAUCGGCGAGCUGGAGAAGAAGACGGACAUGGAUGUGAAGUAUAUGACGGCCACGUUUAAGAGAUAUCAGACAGAACACAAGAUGAAACAGGACUCGCUGGAGAGAUCGCAGGCUGACCUGAAAAAGCUGAGGAGAAAGAGCCAAGGCAAGAACGCGCUGAAGUACGAGAGCAAAGAGAACGAGUGUCUGGAGACCCUCACGCACCGCCAGAUGGACAUGCAGAAGUUUAUAGCAGAUGGUUGUAAGGAGGCCCUUCUGGAAGAGAAGAGAAGGUUCUGCUUCCUGGUGGACAAGCACUGUUCUUUCUCCUACCAGAUAGCAGGUUUCCACGACAAGGCGAAGGACAUACUAACAGAGAAGAUACCCACCUGGCAGGACAAAUGUACUGACAUUACCAACGUUCCAGACAGUGUGAUGUCAAUGAUCGAUGGUCUGCGCACUCCAGUGUCUGUAACUCCUCAGCCCUCUCCAGGAACAAGGCGCAACAGCCGGACUUCAGAGAUCGUGGUUCCACCUCCUGCACCUCCUCUGAAGGCUCAAACCAGUCCACUAGCCGGCAUGUUCCCCCCAAACAACCCCAGAGAAGAGACUGUGCCCGAUCACAACAGUGAAGACAGUGGAUUAGCCAGGUCUGUGUCAAUGGCCUCAGGGUUGAAUAACAUGGCUAGAAGACCCCGAGUCAGGACCAUUUUCCCCCAUAAAUCUGGCAACAACAACACCUUGCUAAGCUUUGAGGAGGGAGAUAUCAUCGCACUGCUCAUCCCUGACGAGAGGGACGGCUGGCUUUAUGGAGAGCUGGAGAAGACCAGACAGAGGGGCUGGUUUCCGUCAUCUUAUUGUCGUCCAUAUGUAGAACCUGCAGUAAAUAACAGCAGCGUGGGGAAUCCUCCAGUGCGCAGCAAAAGUGUGGCAAACCUGGCGCAGCAGGACAACGAUGAGGAUGGGAUGGUGCUGCCUCCACCCGACUACAGCGACUCACCCAUCAGGAGAAAUUCUACCAAGUCACAGACGCAGACAUACAUUCCCUCUACUUAUGAAACCUCGGCUCCUCAGACAAAUGGAAUCGCAAAGCCUCCUUUCUUAGUUGGAGGGAAUCCCUUCGCUACAGUGAAGCUGAGGCCCACCGUUACCAACGACAGAUCGGCUCCCCUCAUCUGAUCAUCAUUCAUCACCCGGACCACCGUCGUCCAGCCCACGGCCGUCAUCAGCAGCUCCAGCAGACCGACAGCGUCUUUAUCUGCGAAUGACUGAAUCGCAUAAAAGCUUUGAAAUUGGCUUCAGUGGAUAUGGACCAUGAGACUCCACUAGAGACGCCACUUAGAUUUUAACCAGCGCUUGCUCACUGCACACAAUCACCACGAGAUGACAAACUACACACUUAUUUAUGUACCUUUUAUAAGCCAAUAUGCAUUCAAUUUUAUCUUUUUUCACUCACAUUGUUAGAGAUGUUUGACUGUACUGCUGAAAGAAAGGAGAAGACCUCUCAGUCCCAGACAUUACGAGCGAGAGCAGAGAUAGACCUCUACUAGAAAUCUGCUAGAUCUACUCCUAUAAUCUAGUGACUAAAAAAGCUGAAUAAUUUGUCCCGGGUCUUUAACGCUUAGCCGAGAGCCUGACGUUUGCUUUUACGUUGUGUGAAUAGAAAGCUGUACAUACCGUGUGUGGAGAUGGACUGGAAUCCAGCUUGUUGUAAUUACUUGUUGAGAUUUUCCUGUUGCCAUAGGACAGUUGAUGAAUGUAGGCUGGAGAGAGACACUGAAUUUUGCGGAAUUUUGAGUCCUGAUUAGUGUUGUAGUUGUCGUUUUUCAAGAGUGUAUCUUCUCCCAAACUGGUAAUAUUACGAGAAAACUAUUUAAACUGUUUGUGUGAUGCGUUCUGGUCAAUUCAGCAAAAAACUAAAAUGUUUACUCUUCACUCUUUGAAACAAAGGUGCUACAAAGGAUUUCGUCAAGCAAUGCAAUAAAACAGAGGUUCUUAACCUUUUUCACUGUUCGCCUCUUUUUAGGAUGAAAAAUAUGUAGCGACCGUCUUCUCAAAAAACAAAUAAUUUGCAGUGCUGCUUUGUAAAAAUACAAAAAUAAUAUUUUUUCUUAAUGUAAUGGUUCAGCCUGCAUUGAGGCACUAGUGCAUCUCAGAUUUUAUUUUCCAGCAGGAUUUGGCACACGGCCCACACUGGAAAAAAAAGUACCAAUUGUUCUUAUAUAGUGUUCACAUUUUCUGAGACACUGAUUUUUGGGUUGUCAUUGGUUAUAAAUAAUAAUUAUCAACAAUAAGAGAUAUAAACACUUAAAAUAGAUCACUCUGUGUGUAAUACAUCUAUAUGAGUUUCACAUUUUGAUCUGAAUUACUUAUAAAUACUUUUUUAUCAUUGAAAGUAACUUUUUUAAUGAUAUUCUCAUUUUUUGGGAUGCACUAGUAAUGUGUUAUGCAUUACUGUGUCUGUAUUUAUUUUUCAGAUAAAUAAGAGACAAAAUUCCUGAUUCACAGUGAAUUCUAGAUUAAGGUUCUUUAUACUCAAACGUAUCCUCCAAAAAUUAUUCUUCGGGGUAACAGACUGGGUCUUCUAUUCUAUCUUCUAUCUCUCAAAAAAACCCUUUGUAGCACCUUUGUUUGUACAACCCCAAAUCAGAAAAGUAGGAGCAGUGUGAAGAAUGCUAGUUAAUAUGGCUUUUAUAUGAUGGCAGACAGCAUGAGCCCAAAUAUAUUUUAUGAUUUGUCUGGUCAACAUUUCAUUUAUUAAUAUAAACACAUUCCUGCAUUUUAGACCCCUAACACAAUCCAGAUACAUAAGGCACAGCAGAUCAAAAAGCGCAUUAGUAAGGAACAGGGGUGUUUCCAUGUUUCUCUUCUAACUGUACGUCCACACCGAACGCGAUAAAAUCGCUCUGUCGCCUGUCCAACAGGCGAUGAGUUGCUUGGGGGCGUGUCUCAUUUAGAACAAGCUGUCGCUGGUGGGCGUUUUCCAAAUAUGACACAUACAGAAACAAUGGUUCAGCCUAUCUACACAAUUCCUAAACCACAGUCGUACAGACGUUUCACAAACAAUAAAUCUUUAUAUCUUUUAUAACUACUAUUAAGUACAAUUAUUUAACAUAAAAUAUUUCAUAUUACAAUAAAUGGGUUUACUUAAAUACAAUAUUUUUUUUCCUUAAUGUAGUAAAUAAUUCUCUUAAUUUAUAUAUAUUUUAUAUUUUUAAAAUAAUUUAAAAUAUUGUUAACUUAAUGUAAUAAAUAAUUCCUUGGAUGCAAUUAAUAUGUUUGCUUAAAUAUAGUAAAUCAUCCUCUUGAUUUAAUAAACAGUUUUUAUUUUAAUUUAAUAAUUCCCUCAGUUUUAAUAGAUCUUUCUGAUAAAUAUAAUACAUAUUUCCCUCAGUUUUAAUAAAUUGUUCUGUUAAUUUAAUGAAUAAUUCUCUCAAUUUUAAAAAAUUGUUCUGUUAAUUUAAUGAAAAAUUCCCUCAUUUUUAAUAAAUUGUUAAGUUAAAUUUAAUAAAUACUUUCUUUAGUUUUGAUAAAUAGUUACGUUAACUUUAAUAAAUAAUUCCCUUUGUUUCAAUAAAAAGUUCUGUUAAUUUAAUAAAUGAUUCCCUUAGUUGUCAUAAAUCAUUCUGUUAAUUUAAUAAAAAAAAAAUCCUCAGUUUUAAAAUAUAGUUUUCUAUUAAAUAAGGUAAUUCUCUAAGGAUUUACUUCUGGUUAGUAGUAUAGUGGGGUACCUCAGAUCAGCUCAGUUCAGUUCUGUUCCCACUCUCCGUUUUGCUGGCAGAAUAAAUCUUCAGUAGGAACCGAAAAUCAGAGCAGCGACUGCCUCCGGCUGCUUUGUCGCUUGCGUCGCGUUUGGUGUGGACACAGGGUAACUCAGCAGUUCUUGCUGCUGGGGGUGCCUAAGUAAACAAAACUGUAAUUCCAAAAAAAAA